AUGUUGGACACCAGUAGAGUUUUGGCAAGACUACAAGUCGGGAAUGAAGGGGACCUAAGUUCUCCAGUAGACAUUCAAGUAUCCAUAACCAAAAAACAACUCCAAUCUUUAUGUGAAAGUACUUUCUCUACUGAAGAAGAUGUAUCCUAUCGCUUUUAUUUGUCAAAUAUUGAAAUAAAAACCACAUUAUCUGAAACACUAAAUCAAGUCGAUACAAAUAAAGAGAAAAUAUUGACAAUUACAUGUCAACCUCAGUCUGUAUUUCGAGUCAGACCAGUAACUCGGUGUACUUCUUCGAUGGUAGGCCACUCAGAUUCUGUCCUACAUGCAAAAUUCAGUCCAAAUGGAAUUUAUAUAAAUACCCUUCGAGGACAUGUUUCUCGUGUCUAUCAGAUAUCUUGGUCCCCGGAUGGUCGUUUGCUGUGUUCUGGCAGUUUUGAUUCGACAGUAAAAGUGUGGGAUAUGGAGAAUAACAAGUUGUUAAAGGACCUGCCUGGACAUUCAAAGGAGGUUGGUAUUUUUGUUGUAGUGAGAAAGCCAAUGCCUAGAAAACUAAAUCAAAGUGAAAGAUCAGAAUUUGCAAGGAUAUACAGUCGGGUCAAGGAUUUAACAUCUCUAAAGGAAUGCUAUACCGACUAA